AUUAUAAACUCCGCUUUCAAUGAGAAUUAGGUAGAUCUCAAUCAAGGAAAAGAAAUUAUUAUUAUCAUAACAUACAACCCUUAUAAAGAUAUCUUUUUUUUUAAAAAAAAAAAAAUAAAAAAUAAAAAAAAAAAUCAAAAUGAUUACAAUUGAUCGAAAAAAUAGUUGCUGUUUAUUCGUUCCGCUAAAAGCUGGUGUCAAUAUUAUAUUAUUUUUAGUUUUUGCUUUUGGACUUUUAAAAGUUACGAGUUAUGUUAGAUUUCUCAUAUCGUAUGAAUCAUCUAAAAACUCGAUAAACUUCGUUUAUAAUGUAUAUCCUAUAAUCGUUGUUUAUGGAUUAAUAGUAAUUGUAGCAGCAUUUGGGUUGUACGUUACGACUUGUGCGAAUACACCUAAUAUGUUAUCAAUAUAUUCCAAAGUAUUUUAUGGAAUUAUUGGUUUUUUCAUUUUAUAUAGUAUAAUGGAAAUUGUUGAAGCAAUAACCUUAUCUAUAGUAUGUACAGAACUUUCAUACUUAUGCGGCCAAAAUCAUUUGGAAAUUAUUAUUCCCGUAAACAUUGUUUUAAUCAUUUUGUCGGUAUGUACAGUAUUAAUAAUUGAAUUUUUUUCUCUUCUGACAAAUUUAAAUAAAAUAUAUGUAUUUUAUUAUAGUUGUAUUUUGCUACGGUAAUUUCAACCUACGUACGUAAAAGAAAAGACGAAUAUAUAAACCGACCCAUUUACGCCUUUUGAAAGAAAUUUUUUUUUUAUCGUAACAACUUCUUUACUAUAUCUUGUUUUGUAAAUACUGUAUAUUAUAUAUUCUUUCAUAUUUAUUUCAUUUGUUAAAAUAUAUGUAGAAUAUUAGUGAAAUAUCUAAAUUUAUUCAAUUACUGUACGUUUUAAAUUAUAUCUUUAAUAUUCAAAUAAAUG